UAAAUAAUGACAAAAUGUCAAAGUUUGGCGCGAAUUAUUUGUGUCAACUUGUUCAUGUUGUGUUCUCGUUGAAGCAAAUGUUUUUAGUAAAAACAUAAUGGAUUUGAAUAUUAGAAGAAAGUCUACUAAACUCCCAUUGACGGGAAGUCUCGUAGAGACUUAUCCGCAUGACCUACAAAUGUACAAGAUACCACCUACUGAAGAUAUAACACUGCAAGAGUUUGAAACUUUAGCUUUAGAAAGAGUGACUUUGUUGAGAACUUUAGCCACAGCAACUACACUUAAAGGUCUGCGAUUGUACUCAGAAGAAUGGACAGAUUACGUUAUUGGUGAACUUAAAACUCAAGGUCUAAAGUAUUAUGCCAAGCUUUGCGAAAAAUCAUCUUGUGCCACUACUGAAGCUGAUUUGCAGGCGAGACGUAAAGACCACAUUGCACACUUCAUUCUACGACUCGCUUACUGCAGAACUGAAGAAUUACGACGGUGGUUCAUUGCAAGAGAAUUAGAACUAUUCAAAAUGAGGUUUGCGACAAUGAGGGGUGAAGCUGUUGAAACAUUCUUCAAACUAAACAAUCUGUGCUACACUAACAUCAGUGAUGAAGAAAAAAGUGAAAUUAUACAUUUUAUAAGGGAGUCCACUCCACACUCGAACAUUGACAAUAUGAAGUUCUUCAAAGUUAAAUUUUUUGAAGUAUUAGAUCUAGUAAAGAUGAGGAAAGUGUAUUUGAGUGGUGGUUAUGCUUACAUACCUCAUAAAGAUUUCAUAUCUGUGCUCUCUGCUCAGUAUAGAACUCAAUUGAAACAAAGUUUGGCUGUGGCCUGUCACCACCUUGGGGAAAUUGAACAGGAUGAGCGAUUAGUGUCCCUGUUGAAAGGAUUGCACCAAUCUUAUUCAGGAAAUGACUAUAGUGAUGCAAAGGCUGUAAUACCUAUAGAGACUCUGGACUCAUUGGCUGUGAAAUCAUUCCCACUGUGUAUGCGGCAGCUCCAUGAUCAACUGAGAGUUGCCCAUCAUCUCAAACAUGGGGGUAGGCUGCAGUAUGGACUAUUCCUCAAAGGAAUAGGUGUAACAUUGGAAGAUUCUCUCAGAUUCUGGAGAGAAGAGUUUACAAAAAUCAUGGAAUUGGAUAAAUUUGAGAAACAGUAUGCUUAUAAUGUAAGAUACAACUAUGGUAAGGAGGGUAGUAAGAGGAAUUACUCUCCAUUCAGUUGUUUGAAGAUUAUUAAUAAUACUGUUGGCCCAGGGGAUUGUCAUGGAUGUCCUUACAGGCACUGCGAUGUAGGGAUAUUGAAGAAUAGACUGCAGGGCUAUGGUUUUGAUGCUCAAGCAAUUGGAGAAAUAAUAGACAUGACAAAGAAAGGACACUUCCAAAUUGCUUGCAGCAAGUACUUUGAUGCUGUACAUCAUUGUGAUCUGGGGUUGGGCAUCAACCAUCCUAAUCAGUACUUUGAAGAAAGUCAGAAGAUUGCUAAGGGAGAGAUCAAGGUAGAAAUAAAGAAAGAAGCUAAAAAAGUGCCUGUCAAAAAGGAAGCAAUUGAAGAAUUUGAUGAAAUGGAUUUUGAUGAAGCUAUGUAAUGCAAGUUUCAUUUGAUUUCGUAAACCUAAAAACUUCCUGGAUCACAAUAUAACACUUACUGAUAAACAGACUUUAUUAUAUGAAUGCUGGAAUGUACUAGUAAAUUAAUGCAAUCCAAGCAGUAUUUAAACAGGAUGUACUGAUAAUCAUAAACAAGCCUAAGUUAUCACUUCCAUUUUGUUAGUUUGUAAAUAGAAUACAGCUGGCCUGGCUUCCUGUUAUAAUUUUGUAAUAUCACCAUAUUAUACCACAGGACUUAAUAAAUCAAAACUACAAAUAUUAAAAUUUU